CGUCACUGACGUGCGUCUGCCUACAGUGUAAACAGUCCUCCUGCUGCAGCAGCUGCUGCUCCAGUGUUUGCUAACAUGAAGAGCCAGCAUAUAAUAUUUCGCUCCGAAGAUCUUCCACUCGUCGCUGCAUAAAUUAUUACUGUUAAUAAUCCCAGCAGCUAUCAGAUGAAGUUUUAAAUUCUUUUUUUGGGCUUUACAAGGACGCAUCAAAUUGCUGUCAUAAAGCUAAUCUUAGUGUAGAGACUAGUUCAGCUAGGUAGCUCUCAGAUGUGUUCUACACUCAUUCUGCUGCUACGUUUUUAAAGCUAAAAGCUCGCCCUGCUCUGUGCUGAAAUGAUGCUUACCUUGGUGAGCCUUUGUGCCAAAGAGGUGGUGAGUGACCACAGCUCGUCGCCCGGCUGGCUCCACUCGGUUCCCAGGGAGCUGUACCGCCCGCUGCUGGAGGCCGCGUUCGCCAGCUGCAGACCGCUGGCGGUGGGUGAGCUGGUUCAGCGGUGGCCUGAACGUACACUGCGGGUCGGAGGACGGAGGAAACGGGGCCAAACUGCGCCGAAUCGUCUCUGCAUUCAGGCCCUUUUAUUGGCAGUUGUCAGAGGACUGUCUGAUCGGAGGUGUUUACUGCAAAUACUAGACCUCUGUGGACUCCAAGGAGAUGAGGGAGGGAUGGGAGACCCAAUGGGAGGCUGGUCCCUCACUGUAGCCCUUUGCACCAUGGUCGUUCAGGCCAGAGCUGGAGCUCAGAAAUCACAGAGGAAAGAAGGGGAGUGGGAGAGAAAACGUUUCUCAGCUAUGGAGAGAGACAGAGAUAUAAAGAGAGAGAGGGGACAGAGGAAGAGGGGACAGGAGCUAAAUGGUGAUGAAACAAGUAAUGACAGAGAGAAGAUUGGAUCUUCUGGACUAGUGAGUGAAGAGGACCCAAGUAAAGGAGUCAGGAGGAGGAUGGAGAUGAGGAAGAAACAAGAGAAAGCAAUGACAGGAUCAGAAGGCAAUAAAACUGAGACUGAGGAAAAAGAGGCAGAUAAGGAUGUUUUGGUGCACGUGAGAGCUGAUCUUUUUGUCAAUGCCCGCUCUUGGGAGCGUGUUCGAGUGGCUCUGAGCACAUCAGGACCUCUAAAGCUUCAGUGCAGAUAUCUACGUGUGGAAGAGAUUUCAGUGUCGAGUAUCAGGACCCUGCUCGAGCUGCUGCCUUGCAGAGGUCUUCUGGGCAUCGACAUUCGCUACAGCAGCCUCGGGAUGGCUGGCUUGGCUGAACUGCUUCCUUUGCUCUCCACCUUCCCUGCACUGAACUCCCUCCGUCUGCACUACUGUAACUUGGACUUUCGCCGAGACCACGUUGGCCAGGAAGAGGCCCUAAAGAACCUGUCACAGGGCCUCACACACCUAAAAGAACUGCGGCGGCUCAGCCUCACUGCACUACGCCUGCCUGGUCAGCUGCGUGUGCUGCUCAGUUCGCUGCCUCAGCCUCUAGAGAUCCUGGAGCUGCCCUAUUUGAGCCUGAGUCCAGCUGACCUCGCCUAUCUGUCCUGCAGCCAUCAUGCCUCUACGCUGCAGCAGCUGGAUCUGAGUGAAAACCGUCUGGAUGUAAACACUCUACCUUCCAUCUGCCGGCUCCUGUCCCAGGCUUCCAGCAGCCUACAGCACCUCUCUCUAAGUGGCUGUGGUCUGACUGAUGGCCUGCUGGGGCUCCUGUUGCCCUCAUUGGGGGGCUGCUGGGCUCUCAAGAGCUUGGCUUUGGCCCUGAACCCUCUCUCCAUGACUGGCCUCAUGAACCUUGUGAGGAUGGCCGUGAGAAUGCGCUCCCUGAGACAGCUACUCUACCCCAACCCUCUGGAGGAUUACCAGCCGGGCCUUCCGGAUCUCCCAUCCAGCGCUCAGCUCUUAGACUGGCCUCUGGAUGAAGCCACAGACAUAAACUUGACCAGCAGCCAGCUCAACAGGGUGCUGAUUGAUAGCGGACGCUCUGAUCUCUUCCUGACCUGCGACCUUCUCAAUUACGAUAAAGACCUGGUGGACUAGAACAGGUGUCAGGGGAAGAACAUGUUUUUAGGUCACUCGCCGACAUAUCAGAGCAAUGUACACAAGAAUGACAAUCAAAUGAGAUCAGUACGUAAAUAUUGUGUGCCUUUUCUCUGUGACUAUCUGUCUCAUGAGAUUUUUUUUUAUAGUUAAAACAGGCAAACGAAAGUAGAAAGAUAUAAGUAAUCUGCUUUAACUGUUGUUUUCAGUCCAACCUGACUGAUUUAGAUGGCAGAGUUUCAUUGAAGGGCUGUCAAAUCAAGUUUUUCAAAAUGAUGCAUCAAAAUGUAACACAUAAAAAUAUACAAGUUGGUCUGAUGCUGUGCUACAGAAAGACAUCUGUAUAUUUGGUGGCUACACACACAUGUAUACUCUGCUAAAUGGUAGAGUCACUAAUAUGCCAUCCAAUCAGAAGGUGCUGCAAUACUUUAAUAAAUACACUUGUUGGCUGUCUAAAUCAAGUGUAGCAUUUGGGUUACUGCUGGCUUUCUACCAAAAAAUUAUUAAUCUUUUAUUAAACAAGUCACCAGGAUAGUUAAGUACAAGCCAUUCAUUUAAAGACAAUGUCUGAUCAGUCUGCAAUGUGCAAACAGAAGAAACUACAAGUCUAUGUGUUUUUGUUGUAUACAAAAUGAAUGUAACUGCAAAAUAUUUAUUUUUCAAUUGUGGCAAGCUUUUGUCUUUUUUUUGAGUUUUACUACAAUGUGUGUGCUGUUAUUUUUCACACUGUAUGUCUUGAAUGUUUGUUUUAAAAUAUUCAUAGUUUCAGCUUUCUGUAUUCUUCCACCAGCAUCAGGAAAUUAGUUUACCAAAUCAACCUUUUUCUUUGCCAGAAAAAUGCAUUUACACACUGAAAGUCACAAUAAAUCAGUUACAAACCAAA